AUGCCACCCUUUGCCUCACGACUUGGCUUGGGCUGCAUCCCUCGAUCUGGACCCAGAUUCUUCUCAUCGACCUCCCAAGCUGCCUCGCGCCUCAAGAUUAAUGCUGAUCGUCUGAAUAACACUAUCCAUGACACGUGCCAAUGGGGCGCUGCUCACCCCUAUGGCAGCGCGCCUACGGAAACAGGCAUGGCCCGCCUCGCCCUCACUGACGACGAUGCCCGUGUGCGCCGCUGGUUCGCUGACGAAGUCCGCAACAUCGGCUGUGACGUUGCCAUAGACGCCAUGGGCAACCAAUUUGCCCGUCGUCGCGGCCGCACUGCUGCUGCCAUGACUGCCAUGGGUAGCCACCUCGACACGCAGCCGCGCGGCGGUCGCUACGAUGGCAUUCUGGGCGUCAUUGCUGCCCUCGAAGUGCUGCGAACCUUGCACGAGAAUGGCUACAAAACCAAGUUUGACGUUGGCGCCGUGAACUGGACAAACGAAGAGGGCGCCAGGUUUCCCAAGUCCAUGAUCUCCUCCGGUGUCUGGGCUGGCGACAUCUCGAUUGACAAUGCCCACGCCCUCGCUGACAUUUUCGACCCCUCGGCCACUGUCAAGUCUGAGCUUCGACGGCACGGGUUCCUCGGAGACAUCCCCUGCACAUAUGGCCCCGAAGGCUACCCCCUUGGCGCUCACUUCGAGCUGCACAUCGAGCAGGGCCCCAUCCUGCAGGACGCCGGCCGCCGCAUCGGUGUUGUCCAGGGGGCUCAGGCCUACCGUUGGUUCACCUUUUCUGUGACGGGCCGGGACGCGCAUACGGGAACUACGCCGCUCGGUGCCCGAAAGGACCCUCUCCUCGCUGCGAGCCGCAUGAUAGUCGCAGCCCACGAGGCGGCCAGGGCGGUGGGCGGCCUCGCAUCCACAGGCGUGCUCAAGAUGCCCCACCAACUCGACGAGGUUGUCGCAAGGAUGCAGGACACGAUUCUCGCAACAUUUGAAGGGAUCGCAGGCAUGGACGGACGCGGUGUUGAGCUCGCCUGCACCCUCGACACGGAUUCGCCGGCCACCAAGUUCCACCCGGACUGCAUUGGUGCCGUGGAAAAGGCGGCCGAUGGACUCGUCGGCCGGGAUGGCUGGCUACACAUUACGAGUGGUGCGGGCCACGACAGCGUCUACACGAGCCGGCGGUGCCCGACGACCAUGAUCUUUGUGCCGUGCAAGGACGGCGUCAGCCAUCAUCCGGAGGAGUAUUGCAGCCCCGAGGACUGCGCAAUGGGAACGCAGGCAUUGCUGGACGCUGUGCUCGAGUACGACGAGAGCAGAAGUUCAUGA